CAUCAUACCAAAGUUUUACUCGUGAAAUCUUGCAUAAUACAGUCUCAAAGAUAAUUCCAUCUAUAGAACAAAACCAAACUACAAAUAAUAAUAAUUCAACACCAAUUCCAACUAAUCAAGUAGCUGGUCCAAUUAGACAAAGAAGUAUCUGUUUAAGAAAAUUUAAACCAUUUGAUGCUUCUAAGCCAUUUCGUAUUCCAUUCAAAGCACCUACCUUCAAUAAUAAUGAAACUGAUUCUUCUA